AUGCGUUUCCAAAUCAUCUCCGUCCUCACGGCCGCCUCGCUGGUCGCGGCACUUACACCGCAAGGUUUCCAGCCCGGCAGCCAGAACCAGCUUUUCGUCCAGUAUGGCAACCAAGCCGCUCUCAACGGCGCCGUCGUCCUCCGCGAUUCCACCCAAGUCCAGCCCACGCUCGCCACCACGCAGCGCCUCCAAGGCACCUACGCCGUGCUCAUGAUCGACCUCGACAUCCCCACCGACACCCCCGGCCAGACCAACACCCUGCUCCACUGGCUGCAGACCGGCCUCACCUCCUCCGCCCAGGCCACCAGCUUCAACACCACCGGCGGCACCGCCACCACCGGCCAAGUCUUCCUCCUGCAGAACCGCCAGGCCACCGCGCCCCUCGCCGAGGUCGGCUUCAACGCCCAGAGCAUCCUCACCCAGGCCGGCCUCGCCAGCCGCGUCGUCGCCGGAAACUUCUUCAACGUCACCAACCCCGGUCCCGUCGGCAGCGGCGGCGGUAACAACAACAACAACAAUAACAACAAUAACGGCGGCGGCACCAACGACGGCCAGGCGAACCCCACCGACGGCACGCAGGUCAACCCCACCGGCAGCAAUACCUUUACCCAGCCUGCCGCCUCGGGCGAUGUCCAAGCCGCCGGCCUUCUUUCCGUCCCUAGGGUCGGUGCCGCCUCGCUGUGCAUUGCCGUUGCGAGCGUCCUGCUCUGGGCGUUGUGA